CCUUGCUCUAGAACACCGCCUGGACGGAUUAUACCGCGACCGCUCCUUCCUGAACCGCAGUACACGUAUUCCAUACACUUCGCCGCCUGCACUAGCUGCCGUUUCAUAAUCAUCAUGGCGAGGGACGACGAGAAGAAGCCCACGGCCGCCGAGAAGGGCAAGGGCAAGGCAGCCAACGGUGAUGCAGAGAAGAAGAAGGAGGACACAAAGGCAGAUGGCAAGGACAAGAAAGUCGAGACAACCGGCGAGGAGCUCAGCGAGGAAGACCAGCAGCUGAAGAGCGAACUGGACAUGUUGGUAGAGCGGAUACUGGAGUCCGACACCAGCCUCUACAAGCCUGCCCUCGAUCAGAUCAAGGAGUUUAUCAAGACAUCGACGAGCUCCAUGACAGCAGUGCCUAAGCCGCUCAAGUUCCUGCGACCCCACUACGAGAGCCUCGAGAAGCAGUAUGCAUCAUGGCCCGAGGGCGAGAACAAGCAAUCGUUUGCCGAUAUGCUUUCAGUCCUCGGAAUGACGUACUCGGACGAAGAGCGCCUCGACUGCUUGAAGUACCGCCUGCAAGCGCCAUCCACAGAUCUCGGCUCCUGGGGCCACGAGUACAUGCGCCACCUCGCGCUCGAGAUUGGCAGAGAGUUUCAGAAUCGCCUGAACGACGACAAACCGACAGACGAUGUUACCGACCUCGGCGGAGGCCUGGUCCCCUUCUUCCUGAAGCACAACGCUGAGGCUGAUGCGGUGGACAUGCUCUCUGAGCUGGAGAUGAUCGACCAGGUCGAGCAGCACAUUGACGAGAACACAUACGCGCGAGUCUGCUUGUACAUGGUUGGUAUCGUCCCCCUGCUCACAUACCCCGACAAUGACAAGUUCCUCCGCACCGCAUACCAGAUCUACCGCAAAUACAACCAGUUCACACAGGCUGUGGCUUUGGCGAUACGCCUGAAUGACAGGGACCUGAUCGAGGAGGCAUUCAACUCGACGAAGGACAAGUCUAUCCGCAGACAGAUGGCAUUCCUCAUUGCGCGACAGCGCAUCUGGUUUGAUGUGUCAGAUGACGAUGAUGCGGAGCUUCAGGAGUGCUUGAACAACUCCAGGUUACCAGACCAUUUCAAGGCGCUGGGCAAGGAGCUCAACAUCCUCGACCCCAAGACUCCGGACGACAUCUACAAGACACAUCUUGAGAGCAGCCGGACAGCGGGCCUGACCAACACCGACUCGGCGAGACACAACCUUGCAUCGGCAUUCGUGAACGCAUUCGUCAACACCGGUUACGGGAACGACAAACUCAUGCUCAACUCGGAUAGCAAGAGCAGCUGGGUCUGGAAGACAAAGGAGGAGGGCAUGCUCUCAACAACAGCGUCUCUGGGGAUGUUGAUGCUCUGGGACGUUGAGACUGGUUUGGAUAAGAUCGACCCGUAUACAAACGUCGACGACGAUAUGGUCAAGGCUGGUGCUAUGCUCGCCACCGGUAUCUUCAACUCGGGUGUGCGCAUGGACUCUGACCCCGCGCUUGCUCUGUUGGGUGAUGAGGACAAUCUGGCGCACAAGAACAAGAACAUCCGUCUUGCCUCAAUUAUGGGUCUCGGUCUUGCAUACGCAGGCUCGAACAAGGAGGAGCUCCUCGAGCUUCUUCUACCUAUUGUCAGCGACACAAGCCUAGAUAUGCAGCUCUCGGCGAUGGCAGCAUUGUCGCUUGGUCUAAUCUUCGUCGGUUCUGCAAAUGGCGAGGUCACAGAUGCGUUGAUGAACACACUCCUGGACGAGGACCGAUCGAGCCAGCUCAAGGACAGGUGGACGCGAUUCAUGUCUUUGGGCCUUGCGCUUCUCUUCUUCGGUCAGCAAGAGGAAGUCGAUGUCAUCCUGGAGACCCUGAAGGCGCUCGACCACCCUAUGGCAAAGUCAGCCUCCGUUUUGACCGAGGUCUGCGCGUGGGCGGGUACCGGUGCAGUCCUGAAGAUCCAACAGUUACUUCACAUUUGCAACGAGCACAUCGAGGACGACAGCGAAGAAAAGAAGGGCGAUGAGCUGCUCCAGUCGUAUGCCGUCAUCGGUCUGUCUCUGGUGGCAAUGGGAGAGGACGUUGGCCAGGAGAUGAUCCUCCGCACAUUGGGCCACUUGAUGCACUACGGCGAGGCCAACAUCCGCAAGGCUGUACCUCUUGCUCUAGGUCUCAUCAGCCCUAGCAAUCCUCAGAUGAAGAUCUACGACACACUAUCACGAUACUCCCACGACAACGACAACGAUGUCGCAAUCAACGCCAUCUUCGCCAUGGGUCUUUGCGGUGCUGGUACCAACAACGCUCGUCUUGCACAGCUUCUGCGACAACUGGCGAGCUACUACCAUCGCGACCCCAACGCACUAUUCAUGGUCCGCAUUGCGCAAGGUCUCCUGCACAUGGGCAAGGGCACACUCUCGGCCAAUCCCUUCCACACUGACCGCCAGGUGUUGUCGCGUGUCGCAGCCUCAGGUCUGCUGACUGUCCUUGUCUCGCUCAUCGAUGCCAAGUCGUUCAUCGUCGGCGACUCGCAUUUCCUCCUCUACUACCUCGCGACAGCCAUCUCGCCACGUUUCCUCAUCACACUCGACGAAGAGCUCAAGCCGCUCACAGUCAACGUACGUGUUGGUCAGGCCGUCGAUAUCGUUGGGCAAGCUGGCCGACCGAAGACCAUCACUGGCUGGCAGACACAGAGCACUCCUGUGUUGCUGGCUCACGGUGAGAGGGCAGAGCUGGAGGACGAGAAGUACCUCGCUCUGACGAACGUGUUGGAGGGUGUGGUCAUCUUGCGAAAGAACCCCGAGUGGGAAGAGUAAGCGGAGAUCAGCGAGGAGGCAUCGUGGUAAUCAACAGCCGGCAUGAUAGGAUCUGCAUCAGCUUUUGGGCAUACUGAUAGACUACGGACACUGCCUGAUCUCGGCUUCGCAAGGUGGAGGUCGGAGGUACACCGCUGUACGUAUAGAUAUGCAGGCGACGACUUGAAAUGAAAGCAUUUAUACAA